UUUGAUUUGUUACACUUAGACACCAAGCACCCAGCUGGACUGGUUCUCAUGACCGACCAAGUCACCUGUGUUAUUUGUCUUGGGAUUCUGUACCGUCCCGCCGUUUUACCUUGUAAGCACGUCUUUUGCCAAGAGUGCAUUCUUUCUGCCGCCGAAAAGACAGCCUACCAAUGUCCGAUUUGUCGCUGCCGAAUUUCCAACUGGCUACGCAAACUGAAGGAUCGGAAGUCUUUGGUGAACGAAGAUCACGAAAACCAACUCCGUGAGAUGUUCCCCCGUUACUAUCAUGGUAAAGAGAUUGGUCUUUCUCCGAUGCUUUCAAAGUCCGAGCAGCGCUGUCUGAAGGAUCUGACUAAUACGGAUCAUUGCGAGACCUCUGCCUCACAAGGAGAAGUAUUUUCGGAGUAUUUGAAAGAAGUAGAGAAAUUUCGGAAGCUGAAGGUACUGGAAGACCAAAAGAACGAAGAGGCCUCUUUAGCGCUUGCAUUUCAACUCCUCGAAGAAGAUAGGUUAUCACUGUCGGCAGACCGUCCCUUUCCCGACUCAUCCCGUCAAACUCUGUCUUCAUCUUCUCCUUCGACGAGGAUUAUUUCUCCCAGUCAAAACAGGCCCACCGUAUCAAAGCCCAACAGAACAUUAUUAGACUACUCCAUUGAUUCUCACCGUCUGUCCUCUGUGUGCGAAUCUGAUGGUUCCAGUUUCUCUGCCCAAGGCCAGAUUGCGCAAGACGAGGCAUUUGCCCGCAAGUUACAAGCGAAAUACUCGUUGCCCUUACGAACACCACCUAUCACUCGAUCCAAGCAACGAGUUCUCCGUUCAAGGCGACGUUAGGCAACUUUGCGUGACUAUUAAGCUUAGUCAUCGGUGUGUAUUGCAGUGUAUAUCAAGA